AUGGCACCUAGUAAGCAAUGGAUGCAACUUGUUGAAAAUCGACUCGAUGAAAUCUACUUAGACGGUGUGCAGAAGUUUUUGAAUUAUUCCUUUCAAAGAACGGGAGAAAAAAAUGAAAUACGAUGUCCAUGUAUCAAAUGUUUCAAUACAAUUUUUGGAACUCGUAAAACAGUUGAGACACAUCUGAUAGUGCAUGGAAUAAUUCGAAACUAUACUUUUUGGUAUCAUCAUGGAGAACGUUUGGGUGAGCCAUUGUCAGAAUCAAAUUCGGAAUCUAAUGAUGAAGAUGGUAAUGUUGUAGAAGAAUGUGAGAGUGAGGAUGAAGUAGAAGAAUUGUUGAGAGAUUUAUAUCCUAAUCUUAAUGGAGGAAGUACACACACAGAUUGUGAUGAUUUACCAGAGGAGGAACCAAAUGUUGAAGCAAAAUUUUUUUUCAGCCUAUUGAAGGAUUUCGAGCAGCCACUGUACCAAAAUUCAAAAGCUUCAAAGCUUUCCACUUUGAUCAAAUUGCUUCAUAUCAAAAAGGAGUUGUUGCCUGAUGGCGCUAAUUUGCCAAGCUCAUAUUAUGAGGCAAAGAAGAUAAUUAAAGAACUUGGGCUUUCUUAUGACAAAAUUGAUGCUUGUACUAAUGAUUGCAUGUUAUAUUGGAAGGAGGAUAGCUUACUCGAUUCUUGCAAACCUAGACUUCAGAGAUUGUUUAUGUCUACAAAGACAUCUACUCUAAUGACAUGGCAUAAGGAUGAAAGAGUUGAUGACGGAAUAAUGAGGCAUCCAGCUGAUUCAAUGGCAUGGAAGUCAUUUGAUGAACUUCAUCCUUCAUUUGCACUUGACCCUCGUAAUGUUCGACUUGGACUUGCUAGUGAUGGAUUUCAACCAUUUCGGAAUUCAAAAACCUCACAUAGCAUUUGGCCUGUGGUUCUUAUUCCUUAUAAUUUACCACCUUGGUUGUGUAUGAAACAAGAAAAUUUCAUUUUGUCAAUGAUUAUUCCUGGUCCAAAUGGUCCUGGAGAUGCAAUAGAUACAUAUCUCCAGCCAUUAAUAGAGGAAUUGAAGGAGUUGUGGGAAGUUGGUAUUGAGACUUAUGAUGCAUCAACUAAACAAAAUUUUAAGUUGCAUGCUUCUUUGUUAUGGACCAUCAAUGACUUUCCAGCAUAUGGAAACUUAUCUGGAUGGAGUACAAAAGGAAAAUUGGCAUGUCCAUGUUGCAAAAAAGAUACUUCUUCAAUUUGA